UCUAUCUGUCUGUAUUUCAGCUGUCGCUCGGCCUCAGUUCAGUUUCAGCUCACUCACUGCCGACCAAAACGGAAACAUGGCUGCUAACCGGGUGAUCGUAUAUGGGGGAAGAGGCGCACUGGGCUCCAAGUGCGUCAAACACUUCAAAUCCAAAGGAUGGUGGGUCGCUAAUAUCGACAUGGCUGCAAACGAGGAGGCAAAUGAAAACGUGAUUGUCAAGUUGAGUGAAUCUUUCUCCGAGCAGGCAGGACAGGUGACGGGAGAGGUGGCCCGGUUGCUAGGGGAACAGAAAGUGGAUGCCAUCCUGUGUGUGGCGGGAGGAUGGGCGGGAGGCAACUCUAGUUCCAAAGAUUUAUACAAAAACUCAGAUCUGAUGUGGAAACAGAGUGUGUGGACCUCCACUAUCUCCAGCCACCUCGCCGCUCUGCACCUAAAAGCAGACGGACUGUUGACUUUGGCUGGAGCUAAAGCAGCUCUGUCAGGCACCGGAGGCAUGGUAGCGUAUGGCAUGGCCAAAGCUGCCGUCCACCAGCUGUGUCAGAGCCUAGCAGCCAAAAACAGUGGGAUGCCAUCAGGAGCUGCUGCUGUGGCUAUACUACCGGUUACGUUGGAUACGCCAAUGAACAGGAAGUUCAUGCCUGAUGCAGAUUUCGGUACCUGGACGCCACUGGAGUACAUUGCAGAGCUGUUCUUCAACUGGUCCACUGGGGUGAACCGUCCACCUUCAGGAAGCCUGAUGGAGCUGCUGACCUCCGGAGGCGAAACCCAGGCUGUAGCCGCGCAGUAAUGGACAGAGUGGAGCUGUGGAGACGGUGAUGGGGGGGGAAGAAGAGAUAAAGAUGGAUGGAAGCAGAGGGAGAGAUGAGGAGAGAGGGGAGGAUAUGGGGCUGGAGAGAUAGGGGGAGUGAUGAAGAGGGUUGGAGGGUGUAGAGGUGAAGAAGAGAGAUGGUGACAGAGAGGAACUGAAUGAAAUAGGGAGGUGGAGAGGCGACUGCCAGAUGGGUUUGUUUUGGAAGGGUGAAGAGAAGGGGGGCUUUCAGUGCAAAUGCAGGCUCACAGCGCCAUCUAGCUGUACAUCACUACAAUCAUCCCACUGAAGCAGUCACUCAGACAGUCUUAAAUCUUCAGAAAUGGAACUACACCACUUACACAUACUCAGGGUGAUGUCCAACUAUUUCUUCAAAGUAUUCAGACUUAAUAAAAAGAUUGGUGAAGUGAAAUUUGUGCUAAAUGAGCAGCAUUUAAUGUCAAAAUGCUUAUGUAGAUCUUAUUUGGUCAGGCUUAUGUGGAAGCGACCACUGGUUAAGGGUCCUAUAUAAUUUGUGAUACGAUAACAUUGUAAUUCUGUCAAAGCAGUGUUCAUUAUAAUGAUUAUAAUGUGGAAAACUGUGGAGAAUGAAUGAUCCAUGUCUUCAGUUUACCUAUAAGAGCACAUCUCUAUCCUAAAUGUUUAUUAAAAAAAUACUGUAAUUGCUUACAGUAACUUUCUGUAACUUGGAGACGUGCAGGACAAUGUCAGUCUUGUGUGACAUCUGUAGACCUUUUCAGUUUGUACUGUCGUCCCUAAAGGUCCUCUGCCACUGCUGAACCUCGAAGUCGAAGAAAGCCGCUGUCUUCUCUCAUACGGACAAUAUGCUUUAAAGUAGAGUGGCCUUAUUUUAUGUUGGUGGCUAUCAAGUCCAAGUGUUCUUGGUGUCCGUGGUAUGAAACAAAAGGUACUCUGUCCUGUUGUGAGUUUUCUAUGUCAUGUAUUGUAAAAAUGUCAAAUUCACAAUAAAAUAAAUCAUUUGUGUGAA